AUGUCUCUCCUUUACAAUCAAGAGUCCGUGCCCCUAUGUGUGCCGCUCUAUCGAGAGUUGGAUUCUAAUUACUGUUUCUCCCUUAGAUACGCUAUCCAUCAAGUACGAACGCGGUUCCUAGCAUCUGUCAAAGAUAGUGUUGGCGAGCGUCUUAUCAAUUUGAACCAAAAUGUAUUCAAUGUCCCAGGUUACAAGAUCGCAGGUUGGCCUCGGCCCUCAGAGACUGAGAACUAUAACCGUCGAGCCUACUCCCCUCCCAUCCCCGCCGGCGGGACCACAGAUUAUUUUGCUGCACUUCCUAGAUCAGCUGCCUUAGAGCGUCCAAAGAUAUUUGACGAUGAAGAUGAAGCAAAGGCCAUGGGGAAAGGUAUGGCGGCUGGUAGUCACGGCUCCUUGCGAAAUUUCCACCGACAGUCCGAUCAACAACGCCCAAUUGGCCAAGUCGAUGACGAUGAUAGUUCGGAUUUGUCUGAUGAAUCGGACGUUGAUGACGAGGUCGGCAGUCGAACCCAGCAUAUCAAGUUUCCUAAAAUGCCAGUUAGACAGCGCGCUGGAAGCUCUCCUACACAUUAUGCGAACCAUGCGAACCCAAGACUUCUUGUAACCUCACCGGGGAAAUCUACUGGCUCCCGAACACGAAGCGGAUCUCAUGGAAUGAUGGAAUACGAGCGUAGCAGGAAGAUUACCGGAACGGAUAAUGAUGCUGUCAACCUUCUUUCACAUCGAAUCGAUGAGGACACCCAGGCCUUUAAACAACUUGCACAACAACUGAGGGCUUCCCCCGCUACAUCGUUUCGAAACCAAAAUGAAAUUGAUUUUGAUAGUGACGAGGAUCUCGAAGGUGAUGACGACGAAGACGAUGCUUCGACUAUUUCGAGCGACUUUGCCGGUGCUGUGACAGCAAACUCGACACUGAUGGUUACCAAUACAGGAACACCGCCUCCUUUGUUUAACGGCCUACAAAUGAACAAACCAUCAGCACUUCCUCCUCUCCCCCCACCAAGGCCUAUUUCAGUUAUCCAACCGGUAUCCCUUUUAACACAGCUAAUUAAAGCAAACGAAGAGGAGAUGCAGCACCCAUUGGAUGCUUACACCAAAUUUUCUGGAAAGGGAGACAUGAAAGCCGCUGGGCCUGUCUUACGCCGCUUUGGCCAAUCGACCGAUUCUUCUGCACCACUAAGAUUGAGAGUCUAUUGUCCAUUCAGCACAGAACGUCUCAAGUUCGUCGAGGUGAUCGUAAAACGCUCUAUCAUAGAGGAUGGGAUAAAGGUAGAGACUGUUGUAGCCGAUACGCUUGGAUACACACUCUAUAGAUACCGCGAAGAAGACCGACAGCCACCACUCACGGAGGAACAGUGUAACGUCAACAAAUGGAGCUUGCACAUAAUGGAUGAGCCUGGUGAACCUGACGAAGACUUUCCUCCUCUGGAUAGGACACGUGCGAUCUCUGCUUACCAACUUGAGGACCUUGUACUCGUUGAAGCAUCAGACGAAACAUUCGAAGAGAAUGAGAGACUUUUCCCGACGCCGAAAGUCGAAACGAAAGUCGAACCAAAAAAACCAACUACACCAGGAAGUACUGCCCCGCCUACCGGACCAAACAGCAGCCCAGUUCCCGCAAAAGCAACCCAAACUCCAACAAAGCCUGCGGAUGCACCCCUCGUCAUCAAUCAAUCAGGAACCAGACAAGGCGCCCUUUCCCAUCUCAAGAUCCACUGCAACACCCCGGAGGUACACGAUCAAAGCGUUGUUCUCAGGAUCACGAGUGAUACAUACAUUGGGGAAAUUCUGGAUAGCAUUUGCAAGAAAAAGAAUAUGGAUCCCACUCGACAUAUCUUGAGGCUCCUUGGUACUACAACUGUCGUCCCAUUAGAUCGGAUGGUAAAGGAUUUAGAAGGUCGAGGAGAACUCGAACUUGUCGUCAGAGGACCUUUUGAUCCUAUCAUCGAUAAAAAUGCGUCCCCUGGGCCGGUAAACCAGCAAACGGGAUCACUGUUUGGAAAAAAUGCUGCAAAGAGACACACACUAUUAUCACAGAGUAUCACUGCUCACGAUGUUCUAUCGUCGGCUGGAUACCAAAAGUUCACUGUUUGGAGAAAGAUGCCAAUGUCAUUUAUCAGUCGCCACGAGCGUGUAUUAGCUAUUGAUGGAGAAUAUGUUCAUAUCAUGCCAUCAGAUCAAAAUAAAACGCUUUUUGACUCUCCGAAAACUACAAGUAUUCAUAUCAGUUCAAUAAUUGGCUGCAAACAAUCUCGCAAAGCACCCUUGAACUUCAAAAUCAUUGCUAUGAAGUCCAGGGAAUGGAAACGAUAUGCCUUCGAGGCUAUGAGCGCAUCUCAAGCUGCGGAUAUUGUCGAAGCACUAAAGAAACAGAUAUCAGCCUACAAAAUGGACAAAGAGGCCUAG